CCGCAUGGGGCCCCCCGGGCCGGCCUGACCCCCCCCCCCUGCAGCCCCGCCGCCCCCGGAGACGGGCCCCGCCGAGGAGCCGCGACGGGACCCCCCGGCUGCCCGGCCCCAGCCGGACCCCCCGGAGCACGGAGAGACCCCCCCGGGCCCCUUCCCCGGGGGCAGAGGACCCUCGGAGCCGCCCCGGGGCUGCCCCGGCCGGACCCACCGGACGCCCGGCGAGACCCCUCGACUCGUCCCAUCGCUGGAGCUGAGACACCGGCCCCCCCCGGGACCCUUCCCCGGGGCCAGGGACCCCCGGGGAGACGCGGUCACCUCCCCGGGACGUGGGAACCGGCACCCCUGGGGACCCGCCAGCCGUCCCCGCGGGGACGAAGGACGCCUGGAGCCCCCUGCCCGCGCCGGGGGCGAAGGCCCCGGCCCCCCUGCCCGUAUCCCCCCUCCCGGGCUGGCCCCCGGCCGCCGAGGGUCCCGCUCCCAGGGCUGGGGGGAGCCGGGCUGCCCCGUGCCCCCCGGCUGAGCCGGCCCUGAGCCGGCAGGGCGGCCGUGGGGCGUCGAGGAGCCCCGGGGGGGCCGCGGCACCCUGCCCCUCCCCAGCCCCAUGGCGGCCAAGUGGUUCAAGGAGUUUCCCUCCAACCUGAAGACGGUUUCGGAGAGGGCUCGGCCGGGCAGCGGUAGCCUGGGCAAGAGCCGCAAGAAUUCGGCCGCCGAGUUGGGGGGUUGCCGGGCCGGCCCGGGGGGUGGCAAGGAGGGGGGUGGCCGGCUGUCGCGGGACAACCUGCAGGGUCUGCUCCAGGCCGCCACCGGGAAGAUGCGGAAGAACUCGCGAGUGGAGGGGGUUACGCCCGAGGGACCCCCCAAAUCCUGCGGCACCUACAUCAACCGCCUCAUCAAGGUGGAGGCUCAUGAGAAGAACGGGAAGGGGUACCCGGCCCCCCCGCCCGCCGGCCUGCCUGCCCCCGAGCAGGACAAGGGCAAGACCCCCAAGACGGAGACGGUCAUCAUCCUGGAGGACUACGCCGACCCCUACGACGCCAAGCGCACCAAGGGGCAGCGGGAGGCCGAGCGCCUGGGGGAGAAUGACGGCUACAUGGAGCCCUACGACGCCCAGCAGAUGAUCACAGAAAUCCGCCGUCGGGGCUCCAAGGACCCCCUGGUCAAAGCCAUCCUGCUGCUGGACGGCCCUGGCGAGCCCGGGGAGGGGGGCGGCAAGCCGGAGGCGGCCAAGUGGCCGGGAGGCAAAGAAGCGGUGGGGAAGGGUCCCCAGCUCUACGACACCCCCUAUGAGCCCGGGGAAGGGGUGGCCGGGGGGACCCCGGAGCGCAGGGCGAGGGCUGGGGACGGGCGACUGCCCGAGAACGACGAGCGCCCGGCGGGCGAGUACGAGCAGCCCUGGGAGUGGAAGAAGGAGCAGAUCGUCAAAGCGCUGUCAGUCCAGUUUGAGGGCUCGGAGCGUCCCAAGGAGGAGGCACCGCGGCAGCACCUGCGCCAGAAGAGCUGGACCCCCAAGAUGAUGAAGCCGGCGGGCGCCGAGCCCGGCGAGGGGGAGCGGGUGGACCCUGCCCUGGCACUGGAGAAGCAGCCCUGGUACCACGGGGCCAUCACGCGGGCCGAGGCCGAGAGCCGGCUGCAGGCGUGCCGGGAGGCCGGCUACCUGGUGCGCACCAGCGAGACCGGCAGCGGCAAGUACUCCAUCGCGCUCAAGACCAGCCAGGGCUGCGUCCACAUCAUCGUGGCCCAGACCAAGGACAACAAGUACACGCUCAGCCAGGCCAGCGGCGUCUUCGCCAGCGUCCCCGAGGUCGUGCACUACUACUCCACCGAGAAGCUGCCCUUCAAGGGGGCCGAGCACAUGGCCCUGCUGCACCCCGUCCACUGCAAGCUGCAUUAGCCCCCACUGAUGCCCCCCCCCGCCCCACGACUGGCCCGCGACCCCCCCCAACCCCAGGGCGUGGGGCAGGGUCCGGCCUCGGCCAUCGCCACGUGCUGCGGGGAAGGGUCCAGCGGAGGAACCCCCCCCCCACCCGGCCCUCGGUGGCGUCCCCAGCCCUGUGGGGACCCCGCUCUUGCCCGGUGGCCGCUGGCCCGCCGCUGGACUCCGGCAGGGCUGCGGCCGCCCUUUGUGCCGGGACGGAUCCUGCCCACCCUGUGCCGGAGCCGACCCACGGCGCGGCCACCUCCGGGGCGAGGCAGGGCCGGGGCGGGGCGGGGGGGUCACAGCAAGAUUGGGAUGUGUAACGAAGUAGUAAAAUAAACUUGUUGG